AAGUCAGAGUCCACCGGUAAAGGAGUAAUUGGAGAAUUUCACAAAUUGACACGCACCCCUUAAGUUCACCGCCUCCGAAUGCACUUCUUCAGCCUUCUCCUUCUCCAUCCCAAGUUGGCGUGUCACCACCGCGUUCGAUGAAACACAAUUAACUCUGAUUCCAUGCUUCCCCAACUCCACGCACAGGUUCUUCAUAAGAUCCACCAUCGCGUGCUUUGACGCCGUGUAUGGGUGCGGCAAACCCACAUGAAAAUAGCCAUGAGAAUUGGGAACUGGGUUUCAAUUAGGGUUUAAGAGUCCAUUUCAACUCAGGGACUAUGAUGCAGUUGCGUGGAAGGAACAUGUUAUUUCGUUCCAUUAGAACGUAUCUCGCCUUCGUUCGCCACUUUUCCUCGGAGGCGGCGGCACGAACAGGCACCAGCGCCGCCAGCUCCAGCGGCGGUCGAGACACGCUGGGGCGGAGGCUUCUGAGCCUCGUGUACCCAAAACGCAGUGCCGUUGUGGCCAUCAACAAAUGGAAGGAAGAGGGUCACGCGCCCCCCGGCAAAUACCAGCUCAAUCGCAUUGUUCGAGAGCUUCGCAAGGACAAGCGCUACAAACACGCACUCGAGGUAUGUGAAUGGAUGACCUUGCAGAAAGAUAUCAAGCUGGUGGCAGGUGACUAUGCUGUCCACUUGGACUUGAUAACUAAAGUUCGGGGUUUGAAUAGUGCAGAAAAAUUCUUUGAGGAUCUUCCUGAUCGAAUGAGGGGCCAACAAACCUGCUCUGCACUUCUCCAUGCCUAUGUCCAAAAUAAUUUGGUCGACAAAGCUGAGGCCCUCAUGUUGAAAAUGUCGGAAUGUGACUUCUUGAGAUGCCCUCUUCCUUAUAACCACAUGAUAUCUCUCUACAUAUCAAACGGGAAGCUAGAUAAGGUUCCUAAAAUUAUUCAGGAACUAAAGAUGAACACUUCCCCAGAUGUUGUUACUUUCAAUUUAUGGUUAACAGCUUGUGCCUCCCAGAAUGAUGUUGAAACUGCUGAAAGAGUUCUGCUUGAGUUAAAGAAGGCGAAAGUAGAUCCUGACUGGGUAACAUACAGUACAUUGACCAAUUUGUACAUGAAAAAUGGUAGCCUUGAUAAAGCUGGAUCUACCGUGAAAGAGAUGGAGAACAGAACCUCAAGGAAAACUCGAGUGGCAUAUUCUUCUCUCCUUAGCUUGCAUACAAACAUGGGGAAUAAGGAUGAUGUUAAUCGAAUAUGGAUGAAAAUGAAGACUUCCUUUUGCAAAAUGAAUGAUAAUGAGUAUAUUUGCAUGAUAUCCUCACUUGUGAAGCUUGGAGACUUUGCUGGAGCUGAGAAUCUUUAUAGGGAGUGGGAGUCUGUUUCUGGGACCAAUGAUGUCAGAGUUUCUAACAUACUUCUUGCUUCAUACAUUAACCAACACCAGAUGGAAAUGGCUGAAAAUUUUUGUAAUCAGAUAGUGCAAAAGGGUGUCAUUCCUUGUUACACUACGUGGGAGCUAUUUACAUGGGGUUAUUUGAAAAGGAAGGAUGUAGAAAAAUUUCUGCAUUAUUUUAGUAAAGCUAUUUCUAGUGUGAAAAAAUGGAGUCCCGAUCACAGGUUAGUACAAGAAGCAUUCAAAAUCAUUGAGCUGCAAGCUCAUAUUGAAGGAGCAGAACAGUUGUUGGGUAUCCUUAGGAGUGCUGGCCAUGUGAAUACUAAUAUAUAUAAUCUAUUUCUCAGAACCUAUGCAACAGCUGGUAAAAUGCCUCUCGUUGUCGCAGAGAGGAUGAGAAAGGACAAUGUUAAGUUGGAUGAAGAGACUAAUAGACUAUUGGAUCUAACCAGUAAAAUGUGUGUGAGUGAUGUUUCAAGGAUUUUGUACUAAGCUAAGCACCAAUUAAAUGAGUCUUAUGUAGCGUUUGGUUGAUGAGAUUGGGACGUAGCUUAAUGUGAGUUCUAUAUUAUGUCCAAUGGAUUUUUAAAAUAUAGAACAUAACAUGACAUGGGGUUGGAAAAAACACAUUUUGUUAUAUUGAAGAGCACGAGCCAAGGAAAACGGAACCGAAUUUUGUUCUUUUCAUGCGCCAUUGAAAUACAACUUAUGUUUGUGAAUUUUGGCUGCGAAUUUUUGUAGUAUUCCUCUCAUUUAUAUUUUUGUGAAUGUAACGCAACUCGGCAUUUGAUACCACUGUUAUCAAUUUUGACCGAACCUUGAUUUUGGAGGUUGAAUUAGUAGAUAACCCGGUUGAAUACUUAGAUCUA